AUGCCACCUCUCCUCGUUCUCGCUGAGAACAUCAGCUUUGAAGAUGUGCUCGGGCGUCAAACGACGUUACAGUAUGACUUCUUCAGGCACUGGGCGAAUGUCGAUAUGUUCCUCAAUAAACAGUUCGAGAACUGUCCAGGUCAGCAGUAUAUCGCCAAAAAGCAAUAUUUCUUCCUCGGUGCUGAUGCAGCAACAAAUAAGCUGAACUCAAAUGUUGAGAUCGCUUGGCAAGCAAUGGCCCGCCCUGGAUGCCAAAUUUCGAUGUCGAUAAAGAUGAUUGCAGAACAGAAGGACGUAUCAGAGGCCAAGUGCCCCAGCCCUGGUUGCAAAGGCCGUUCAGUCAAAAUAGACGAUGAGGAAACAUUUUCAUGUCAGAAGUGCGAUCUGACGUACUCCAUGCUGCCCAAAAACCCUGCAAAAGAACCAUCUAUCAAGGAAAGGAGAAAAAGUCCACAUAUUGGCACCUGCGAUGGACGAACCAUCGAUAGUGAGCACUAUGUCCCUAGGGAAAAGUCCAUUUCGAUCGAAGAAGGCCAAACGCAGAAAGGUCGUUUGGGUCUGGACAUGUUGCGGCUGUGGAAUAGGUGGCAUGAGAAUAACGGCGGCUAAUUGUCCGCGCUGCGGCCUUCCUCGCUGCCCCAUGUGUAAUACGACCAGGAGAGAGCUCAUGUCUUAGUUAACUUCUGGGUCUAAGGGAAACAUAUCAUGACGGUAUGCAGCUACAAGUUUACGUUCCCUGCAGCACCAACAGAACAGCUGAAGCGAGACACGAUUAGGCACUGAAGUUUGAUAUUGAUGCUGAGCAUGGAUGCAGUGCCAGCAACGUCAGUUGUUUCAUACGACCAAAGCUCGUAGAGAAUACGGGAUCCCAUCCAGUUCUUCCUUUUUAUGCCAGUACCUUAGCUUUCUAGGGUCGCAACCUCUGUCUUCAGAAAUACAGA